UUGAUCAAUCACCAUGCAAACGGAUAACCAAUUGGACAUAUCGAUAAGCUUGUCGACAUUUUUCUUGAAGAACGUGGGCGUAUGGAUGUCUGAUAAUUCUGAUGAACAACGCAGGAUGAAAAUGUUAUUCAUCUACACGAUUUGGAUGUUGUUUUGCGGCACGAUAAUCAGUACGAGAGAUUUGUAUUUCACGUUGCUGUACAACGGCGAUAUUCUUUACGCUAUGACGAAUACCAUAACUACGAUAAUGGCUUUAAUCAAAAUAUGCAUCAUACUGAUGUAUAAAGGGAAAUUUUUAAAUCUAAUUGUGUACAUGCAACAAAAUUUCUGGAACGUUAAUUACGAUUAUCGUGAAAAAGAAAUUUUGGACGAUUGCAGAAAAACAUGCAUUUUUUUCAUCUCCUGCGUCACCACCAUUGGCAUGUGCACCGUGAUGUCCUAUCUAACGACACCGGUCAUUACACAAAAUGGAAGUAAUGAAUCCGAGAGAAUGUUUCCGUUCAAUAUAUGGAUAAAUUUGCCGCUAACAAGGACGCCAUAUUACGAGAUAAUAUUUUUUGUCCAAGCGGUAUCGUUAUAUUAUAUUGGAAUCUCCUAUUUUUGUUUCGACAAUAUUUUCUGCAUCAUGGCCGUACACUUGGCCGGUCAAUUUCGCAUACUUCGAUAUAGGCUUAUGACAUUGUGUGACACGGAGCACGAUAUACGCGAAAAGGACUCGCAAUCGACAUUAGCAAAACAGAUGUACAAAUUUUACGAGCAAUUUAAGAAAUGCGUCCGAUAUCAUCAAGCAUUGAUCGAUUACCAUCAAAACCUUGAGAACGUGUACACCAUAAUUACGCUUGGACAAGUGUUGGUAUUCAGUGUAUUAAUUUGCCUAUUCGGAUAUCAAGUGUUCGUGGCUACUGCUUCUACAGCGAGACGCUUCAUUUUCGUAUUCCUGUUAAGUGGCUCGAUGUUUUUAUUAUUCAUGUUUACCUACAGCUGCAACGAUGUGAUGGAACACAGUGAUAAUGUCGCUGUAGGAGCUUACUCAGCACUGUGGACAAUUUUGCCGAUGGACAAAUUUGGGAAAAUGCUUCGAAACGAUUUGAUAAUGGUGAUUAAGCGAUCCAGACGAGUUUGUUGUCUGACUGCGAAUGGAUUUUUCCCUGUAUCGUUGGAAACUUAUACCAAGAUUUUGAGCACAGCGGUAUCGUAUUUCACAUUGCUGAAUAAUCGCGUGGAAAACGCGAAAAUGAAUGUUUUUUUAGUGAAUCAUGGAAAGAACAAAUCAGAAAGAACACUUCCGGUCAGAAUGUGGAUCGAUAUACCGUUAAGCACAACACCAUAUUACGAAUUAUUGUUCGCCUCGCAGCAUGCAUGUGAAUUACCAGUUCCGCAUAUUGCAACAUCGAAUGCUCACCAUAUGGUCGAACAUGAAGGAACAGAAGGAUAUCAUCUCUUACACGGACAAAUAUUACAAAGCUUUAAAGAAAUGCAUAAAACAGCAUCAGUCGUUGCUCAAAUAUUGCGAGAAACUCGAUUAUGUUUACACGUUGAUGAUUUUGAAUCACAAAAUGUAGGGAAAAAUGAAACGGAGAGAAUACAUCCAUUUAAUUUGUGGCUCAGUGAAUCAUGGUACAUGACACCUUAUUUUGAAAUGGUGUUUAUUAUAGAGAUAUUGUCUUUGUAUCACGUUGGCGUAUGCUAUCUCUAUUUCGACAAUUUUAUGUGUAUUAUAAAUCUACACAUUGCCGGCCAGUUUCGCAUAUUGCAACAUCGAUUUUCAAACGUGUGCAAUGAAAUAUGCGAAAAGUGUUACCAAUUUUCGGAAAAAUCACCCUAUAGUAUAUGUAAAUACACUAAGCUCAAAACUUACAUUCGACAACAUCAAACGCUUAUCGAAUAUUGCAAAAAACUGGAAAUAGUAUCGAAUUUCAUAAUAUUUGGACAAGUGUUGCUUUUCAGCUUGUUAAUAUGCCUCGACGGAUAUUUAAUACUUAUGGAAGACACCUCUCUUAUGGGUCGUCUAAUUUUCACGUUUCAUUUAAUAACUUGCAUGUGUCAACUACUAAUGUUCACCUACAGUUGCGACUGUUUGAUACGAGACAGUACGAACAUAGCUAACGCUACGUACAACAGUUUAUGGUCGUUCAUGCCGAUGGAUAAAUACGGGAAAAUGUUGCGAAAAGACUUGAUACUUGUUAUCAUGAGGUCGAAAUCACCGUGCUACCUCACCGCUUUGGGAUUCUUCCCUGUCUCGCUCGAGACGUACACCAGCAUUCUAAGUACAGCUAUAUCGUACUUCACGUUGCUGAGAAAUCGUGCGGAGCAAACAACGAUAGAUAUGUAA